GUGGAAGGGACAUUACCUUCGCGUCCAAUAUUUGCGUUGAUACUCAAGAAAUUUCUACUCCCCGGGAUUACAAGCACUCUAAAUGUGAGAGUGGCCUGAAAUAUGGACGAUCCAGAAUCCUAGCUGAGAAAGAGAGUCUUCUAUGGAAGAAGUAUAUGCUAGAUAAUUCUACCGCAAUCAACGUGUUCAACCUAUUACUUGGUUCGGUGUAUUAUCCAAUUCGACGUAGUUUACACUUGAAAACUAGAGGCGGGACGUCUCUAGCGAGGCUAAGAAACGGUGGCCCGACGCCACUUGAUACGCAUUUCUCGACCGCCACCUCAGCCAGCCAUUCCCAGCCCUCCCUUUUGCGCGCCCAUCCCCCACCAUCCCCUCCG